AACAUAUCGUUGUAACUCUACAUCAUCAUAAACUAUCUAUAAGUAUACUGUAUACAAUAUUAUAAUGUUUCAAACAUAAAUUUUUAUUAUAAAUGAUAGUUUUCAAGCAUAAUUAUUUUCUUAUAUAGAUAGUCAUAAUUCUUAACAUUUGCCAAAAUGAAAUUGUAAUGUCAAAAGUUCCAGUUGCAUUCAGAAGUGAUAACAUAGUUUUGAUAAAAUUAAAAUAAAAAAAAAAAAACUAUGCAAAGGUUGCUACAUAAAGAGGUAUGAGGUUUUAAACAUAUGAUGCAGAUCCAAUCACUAUACAUUUAAGGGCUAAGCUUUGAUAAAUCCGUUUUAAAUAUUUUAAUUUAUAUUACUUUAGCAAAUUCUGCUGUUAUUUUUUAAACUAGAUGUUCUGCUUGCAUAUCUCCUAAAACUCAUGUAAAUUGAUUUAACAUGUUAUUAUGUCUCUUCUAUAAAUUUUGUGGUGUGCUAAAAAGUCCUCGUUUGUUAUCCUCUGAUAAUUCUUACAAAUCCUGCAGUGUUUUUUACUAAAUAAUAUUUAUUAUUAAAAUCCUUUUUGCCUUGUACUUAUUUUCAGAGGACAGACCCUUGGUAGCACAAUUUGCUGCAAAGAAUGCUGUUGAGCUAUCUGAGUGUGCUGAACUUAUAUAUUCGUAAGACUUACAAAUGCAAACAGAUGGCAUUGAUUUGAAUUGUGGAUGUCCCCAGAGAUGGGCAAUGUCUGAUGGAUAUGGAGCCUGUCUUUUAGAGAAGCCUGAAAUAGUACAAGAUAUGAUUCAUCAAGUAAGAAACAGAAUUUCAGAUUCAAGAUAUACUGUUUCAUUAAAAAUAAGAGUACAUGACGACCUUAGAAAAACAGUAGAAUACUGCAAAAGAGCGGAGCAAGCUGGUGUAUCUUUUAUUAGUGUUCAUGGUCGAACAAAGUCACAAAGAAAUGAGCCAAUCAAUGUAGAUGCUAUAAAAUUAGUAAAAGAAAAUGUAUCCAUACCUGUUGUUGGAAAUGGCGAUGUAUUUCACUUAGAUGAUAUUGUCACGCUUCAAGAGGCCACUGGUGUCAAUGGUGUUAUGUGUGCCCGAGGUCUUCUCCAAAAUCCAACUCUUUUUACUGGAACUGACAGAACACCUUCAAAUUGCGUUACUGAUUGGAUUGAUACUGCUGUUUCAUUUGGAGCUACUUUUACGAGUCUGCAUCACCAUUUAAUUUUCAUGCUAGAAAAAAUUAUGCCAAAAGCAGAGAGAAAACUUUUCAAUACCUACUCUUCAUUUGCAUGUGUAUUAGAUCAUUUAGAAUGCUAUAAUUUGUCUUCCUGAUGGUUGGAUUAGGCUGAAAAUGUUGCAGAAAAUAAGAGAAAUGAAUAAUGAAAUAUAUUUUACAGUAAUUCUGAUAUUCACUGGAAGAUACAUUUGUAGACCUAGAAACUGUCAUAUUUCUAUUAAAGUUUUGUAGUAAUGCCUUAAAA